AAGGAGUCUGAAUGGGAGGGGGGACUUGAAGCGGAGAGAGGGAGAAGAGGAGAGAGAGACAGAGUGCGCGCACGGCGAAAUAUGCAGCACCAGUGGCAAGGAAACACACCCGUCAGCGGCGCGCACAGGAAAAAAAAAGGAUAAGCGCGGACAAAGGAAACAUGGGCGCAUCCGAGACGUAUCCGUGCGCUUAUUUGGGAUUGACAAUUAGGCCAUUGUGCACAUAAAUGGAAAACCAAUUAGGUGACUUUAAUGCUGAAGUGGGAGGCAAGAUAUUGCAAACUGAAAAGGCGGAGUGCUGUUUUUAAUCCGUCUGCGGAUCCUGUGAUCUUGCGAUGGCUUUUGCAGGGAUAUGUGAUUGCCUAGACAAAAAAGUGCCUCUUUCUUUUUUGGUAUGUUUAUUAUUUUGUGGCCUUGCUUUUGGACAAAUACGAUAUUCCGUGCCAGAGGAAUCGGAAAGUGGAACGAUUGUAGGUGAUAUUGCACAGGAUUUGGGUUUGGAUAUUCGCAGGCUCUCCACCCGAAAAAUUAAGGUAACCUCUAACGGCGGCAAACGGUAUGUGGACCACAAGAAUGGAAAGCUGUUAAUAAAUGAGAGAAUUGACAGAGAAGCGCUGUGUGAUUCGAGCACCGCAUGUGCUUUGAAUUUAGAUGUUCUUCUUGAAAAUCCAUCUGAAGAGCAUAAUGUCGAGGUGGAGAUAACAGACGUGAAUGAUAAUACGCCGCAGUUCCCCAGAGACGAGUAUCAAUUGGAGAUCACCGAAUCUGCUUUGCCUGGUUCUCGUUUUCCAGUCGAGCAUGCCCAGGAUCCGGACAUCGGUAGCAAUUCUGUUCGAAUAUACCGGCUCAGUCCAAAUGAGCAUUUUGCUCUCGAUUCCAAUAAACCAUCGCUGAAUAGCAAGCACAUCGAGCUCGUUCUCAAAAAGCCCUUGGACCGCGAGAUCGCCCCUUACCAUCAAUUAAUCCUGACAGCGACAGACGGUGGCACACCAGCACGAACAGGUACCGCAAAAAUUAAUGUUCGCGUCUUAGAUUCAAAUGACAACAACCCAGUAUUUGACAAUUCAGUGUACAAAGUGAAAUUGCUUGAGAAUUCGCCAAAAGACACUUUGGUUAUUAAACUGAAUGCCACGGACCAAGAUGAAGGAACAAACGGGGAGGUGCUUUAUUCAUUCAGCAGUUACACGCCAGACAGGGUCAGACAAAUGUUCAGCAUGGACACCAACACUGGAGAAAUCCGUGUCAAGAGCAAUGUGGACUACGAGGACACCAAUUCCUAUGAAAUGUAUAUCCAGGCCAUGGACAGAGGCCCAGCUCCAGUGGCGGCCCAUUGCAAAGUGGUGGUGGAAGUUGUAGAUGUGAAUGACAACGUUCCAGAAAUUGUGCUUUCCUCUUUAUCCAGUCCCGUACGUGAAGACGCCCGUGCGGACACUGUGGUGGCUCUGAUCAGCGUGACAGACCGUGACUCAGGCCCAAACAAACAGGUGACCCUUGAUAUUCCACCUGGCCUUCCUUUUAAAAUUAAAUCCUUCAGAAAUUAUUACACCUUGGUAACAUCUGCCUUUUUAGACCGUGAGACCAUAGCGGCCUAUAAUGUCACACUUAGUGCCACGGAUGGCGGAACCCCUCCACUUUCUUCCCGAAAGACCAUUCAGGUGGAUGUUGCAGAUGUAAAUGACAACCCUCCACGCUUUGAGCAGACAUCCUACACCGUCUAUGUCCCGGAGAACAAUGCCCCUGGAGCCUCGCUUUGUACCGUCAAGGCUCAGGACUCGGAUGUCAACGAAAAUGCUCGCAUCACCUACACGGUCCUAAAUGACAACAAUCAUGGCAUCCCUGUCACCUCCUAUGUGUCAGUAAAAGCGGACACAGGUGUUGCAUAUGCCCUUCGCUCAUUUGACUAUGAAACAUUACGGGAAUUUCACUUCCAGGUCAAAGCUCAGGAUGGUGGUAUCCCACCACUCAGCCGUGUGGCCACUGUCUAUAUCUACAUCAUGGACCAAAACGACCACCCACCUGAAAUUGUCAAUCCCCCAGCCAAUGGAACGCGCUCAACCGAAACAGUGCAGAAGAGUGCGGAACCAGGUACGCUGAUCACAAAGGUCACGGCCUAUGAUGCAGAUGCAGGACAGAACGCAUGGAUCGUCUACCUGCUGGACCAGGCCAGUGAUCUGGACCUAUUUAAAGUGCACGAGCACACGGGAGAGAUCCGUACUACGCGCCGAGUCCUCGAGGACAACUCCACCUCCUUCAGUCUGACUGUUUUGGUCAAGGAUCACGGUGAACCGCCUCUAUCAUCCACUGCCACCAUCAAUGUUGCCGUCAUGGAAGUACCACCUAAAUUCACCCCAGACCCAAAAAGAAUCAUCCGCCCUCAUAGCACUCUUUUGUUUUCCAACGUGACAUUGUACCUCAUUGUAGCCUUGAGUGCCACCACAUUUGUGUUCUUGGUGACGGUCGUUGUCUUAGCUAUUGUGCGUUGCCAUGCCUACUGCACCCAGCCAGGGUCCUGCUCACCUUGCUGCGUGUCCCAGAAAGGCCAGGCGGAGAGUGGCUCCGGAGGGGGAGGUGGAGGUGGAAGUGGAGGUGCUAAUUCUCAACCCAAUAACAACGUGGUGCUUCGCCGGGACCUUAAGGUGGAACCUCAUUACAUUGAAGUCCGUGGAAAUGGCUCCCUGACCAAAACCUAUUGCUACAAGACCUGUUUGACUGCUACGUCGGGCAGUGACACCUUCAUGUUCUACAACACAGGCCGACCCAUCAGUGGCACCUGGGGCUCAGAAAGAUUUUUUACAGGAGGGAGCGGAUUUGUUCGCAGGCUCAGCAUGCCAGAUGCAGCAGGUCUACAGCCAAAAGGGCCGAAUGCUGACUGGCGUUACUCUGCGUCGCUGAGGGCAGGAGUGCAGAGUUCUGUGCAUAUGGAAGAGGCAUCAGCUGUCAUGCAGGGGGCGCAAGGCAUGCUGGUCCAGAACUGGCCAACGGUGUCCAGUGCUGCAGAUGGAGAGGGAGAGGGACAGCUGUCCCCUCCUGUUGGAGCCGGAAUCAACAGUAACAGCUGGAGUUUCCGCUAUGGUGCCGGCCCUGGUUACGGCCCUCCUCAAGCUCUGAAGCCAGGAGAGAUCCCCCCUGAAGCCUUCAUAAUUCCCGGCUCUCCUGCCAUCAUCUCCAUCCGACAGGACCCAGGUGCCGUAGAUGACAAGGGCGAGUUCAUCACCUUUGGAAAGAAGGAAGAGUCCAAAAAGAAGAAAAAGAAGAAGAAGGAAAAGGAAAAGAAAGACAAGAAGGAUAAAGGAAAAGAUGAUGGAGAUGACUAAUGAAGAACGGGCUACCAACAUAAGAGCUAUCAAGAUAUGUUUGUAGCAAAAGUUGACAGAAAUAUAAAACCAAAUAUAUAUUGAAAAUGUUAAGAGAGGAAAACAUUCUUAUAGUGGUUUUGACCACUCAGCUACCAUAACCACCAUGUCCAACAUGUCCAGUCCUGGCCAGAAGAGGAUGUGUGUAAAUAAUUACAAAAUAAACCUACGAAACAUGUUUCUGUGACUCUGAUUGGCUGUUUCCUAGUACUGACCCUUGAAACUUGUCCAAGAAAGCACUUCAGUCUGCAAAAUGUAAUCCGAUCCCACUCGAAUCUUGUAAAUGACAUUUUCGACCACGAUGAGUCAAGUCCCUCUCCUCUUUUAAAAGGGUUUAACAAAUCUCCAGGUAAACUGGAUAUGAACUCUCAUGCUAUUCAAAGAGUGGCAUUCUCGGACUCUCUUCCUGCCUUUGACUUUCCAAGAGGAAGAACACAUCCUCAUUUGACCCAGUCUCAUGCCUUGAUCUGCUGAAAACAAAGCUUUUUAAAGAAAGAGACAAACAUUUACCUGCAGCUUCAUCAGAGCUAGGUACAAAUGGUGUGUGUAUGUAUUCAAAAGGCUGCUUUCUUACUUAUGUUAAAGCAGAUUUAAAUUAAAUGAUAACUUCAGACAUAUGCAGGAAUGUAGCAGUGUAAUCCACCACACUUGCAUUCGUUCACACACACCGCCCCAACACAAUGGGAAAUCGCCCACGCCCGCUUCUGUCCUGUCCCUAAACUAACGCCUAAACUUCAGAAUAACAGGGCUUUACUUAAUAUAUUUUAUAAAAGCAAGUGUAUCUACGCUUAUACAAUAUAAAAAUCUUGCACAUCUGUGGUUUGUAUAAACACAAACAAUGAUGUGCUUAGAGCUACCCACACAAAACUCUUGAGUACUCCUGAGUUUCUUGCUCUCUGCUGCACAUACUAAGAAAUGCCUGAAUAGGAACUGCAGGCUGUCCAUAUCCUAUACAGCUUAGGUUACCACAAGACCACCUUAGAGUCUGUAAAAUAAUACAAAAUCAUUUCAGGACCCCCCAUUCGUCUUAGUCCAGCUAUGUGUCCUAAUACCCUCUGUUUGUAUGUUAUCUGAUGUUGCCCACCUCCAUGUACCACUGUUUGUGCAUAGUCCCAUGCCAGUACUGCCCCCUGGUGGGUUAUAUAGUACAACAUUACAAAAAGAACCAGAGGUCUCUGUUAAAGCAAGCUUGUGCAGAGCUAAAAUGGUAAUGUCACUCCAAGACUACACUUGUACCGGAAACAUAAGCACACUUACAUGCACAAGUGUUUUGUGCCCCUAUGGCCGUGGAAACACCAUGGACUAUGCAGUCUUGCUUGUGUAGAUGCUAGGAUGUCUAGGUUCAGUAUAUGGUGCUUAUUGGUCUAAAUUGGGAGUGGAUAAGGUUGAGAGGACCACAAUGGUGGCAGUACCAAGUUUUUCUACUGUACAAAGCAAUGGUAAAUCAUAGCUUAACAACAGAGUGUUGAUUUGACUUAUGUAAAUAAUGUGAAUGGUAAAACAUUCAGACAUGCUUCAGUUCCUGUUGCCUCGCCAUACUUUUCCUUAUGUCUAGUAUGUAGAAAUACUGUUCUGUAAAGGAGAAUAUGUUUGCGCUGCUAUGAGACUGUAUCAUCUUAUUACACACACACAGACAUACCCACACAGACACACCUUCAGGUGUGCUUCAGUGCUGUCAGAUCACCAAGUGACUGUUUGCAUGUUAAACGCAGUUAAAUCGAAAUUAUAUAUGUAUAGAUAUAAAAGUUUUUUCAGAAUUAUUUUUUCUCAUUUAUGAUGGAACUGGGGGUGUGUAUCAUCUCUGCUAAAUUAUGUAGACAUAAGUAUUCACUCAGACAUACGCAAACACACACUAAUUUCGUACUGUACAUACAGAGAAACACACAGAGCUUCAAAUAACACACACAGUGUUGGCUCUGUGUCAAAUGACAUGAACAUUUUAGUAUAUGUAAUGCUGUAGUGUAUGGUCUGAUACUCUUUUCUUUUUUACCUUAUACUUUUCGAAUCUAAAAGGAUCUUAUGUUUUGUGCUAGGCUUUGAAAUCAAUAACACUGUAAUGUGAACCAGUUCAUACGUCCCUAUAAAUAUAAACCUCCCCCAUUAAAAAAAGAAAAGAAAAAAAACUACAAAAAGGUCAAAAUGAUAAAACAGAUUAUAAAAAGGGUCUAUGUAUUCUGCUUGUGUGUAGUAAAUAUCAAUUCAUCCAGUGCCAAGGUGGCGCUAUGCUUUUGACUUUGACGGUGCAAAUCUGUUGGACAAAAAUUUUGUACACCUGAUCAUAAGUGUAAUGGUGUUUAUUAUUUUAUAUUACUUUAUGAAAUAUGGUAAUGUGUUUUCUUUAUAAAUCACAAAUAAAGUUUUCUUUCAUAAGUA